CAGUGGCAAUGGAAUCAUCAACGGCUACAGAUCUCAACGACGAACUCGAUCCUUCAUCAACGCUCUUAGAUCUCACCAGUUACCAACUCCACGAUCUCGACUCAGUCGAAUUACCUCCCAAUCUCACCGAGUUAGACCUCACCGCGAAUCGUUUAUCUACCCUAGACCCUCGCAUUGGUCAAUUAUCCGAUCUCAAAAAGCUUUCUCUCCGUCAAAACCUAAUCACCGACUCCGGCGUCGAACCUCUCUCUUCAUGGAACGCUCUCUCCUAUCUCGAGGAACUGGUGUUGCGUGAUAAUCAAUUAAAGAAUAUUCCUGAUGUAAGCAUAUUUAAGAAGCUUUUGGUUUUUGAUGUGUCUUUCAACGAAAUCGCUUCGCUACAUGGAUUAUCUAGGGUUUGCAAUACUCUCAAGGAACUUUAUGUAUCCAAAAAUGAAGUUACUAAAAUUGAGGAGAUUCAACAUUUUCAUCAAUUGCUCAUUUUGGAACUCGGUUCCAAUAAAUUACGGGUGAUGGAGAAUUUGGAGAACCUUGUGAAUUUGCAGGAGCUAUGGCUUGGACGUAAUCGAAUUAAACUUGUGAAUCUAUGUGGUUUGAAAUGCAUCAAGAAGAUUAGUUUGCAAAGCAAUCGUCUUACUUCAAUGAUAGGAUUUGAGGGUUGCGUAGCUCUAGAAGAACUAUACUUGAGCCACAAUGGUAUUACAAAAAUGGAAGGCUUGUCAUCUUUAGUCAAUCUCCGGGUUUUAGAUGUAUCAUCAAAUAAGCUAACAUCUGUGGAUGACAUUGCAAACCUGACACAAUUAGAAGAUUUGUGGCUUAAUGACAACCAAAUACAAUCACUCGAAGGAUUUGCUGAGGCUGUUGCUGGUUCAAGAGAGAAGCUUACCACAAUUUACCUAGAAAAUAACCCUUGUGCUAAGUUACCCAACUAUACUGCCAUCUUAAGGGAAAUCUUCCCUAAUGUCCAACAAGUUGAUUCUAGUGUAUUUUCUUAAGAGUAUCUUGGCUCUCGCUUUUUCUGAAAAAACAAUAGCUUUGAGGCAUUGUCUUUUCACAUCUCUAUCCUGUUUUGGGAGAUCGAUGAAGAGAUGUGAUUAUCAAACCACCGGAGAAUAUUAUGUGGCCUUACCAUUGGUUACCAUCCGAAUGAAUAUAUUUAUAUAUAUAUACUUGUUACAUGUUUCUUGUUUUGCAGACAACAUUUUUAUUAUUUAUGUCCUAUCGGCAACCAAUUUUUGAAGUAAGGCUUUCUUAGGUUGUGUAACUGUCUUAAUGCUAUUUCUACUCACUCUUCAGUUUUUAUCCCAUAUCCAUCAGGUUUUUUAGCAAUAACCGUGAAGAUUAGUGGUAUGUUUGAUUAACCAGUGACUGAAUGGACGUGGGUUCCAUACCUUUUUUCUUCCUUUGUGUCUUGGUUUUUCUGCAAACAAUGGAGAGUGCAUUUUUUAUACCAACAAAAUCGUUUUUGUAUUUGUCUGAUUGUCUCAAUAAAUUGAAAUGAUAUAGCUAGUGUUAACUGGCUCUGUAGUAUACCACUUACUA